AUGAAGGCAUUCAAAAAGCCAGCGUUCUUACAGCGAUCAUUGUCAAAAGGAAGCUAUCUCGAUGGGAAGAAGAUUAAGAAGCUACUCAACGACGAGACGGCAUUUAGCGCAUUUUUGAACAAGUACUUCGAUCUCCUGGAUGACGACAAGAGCGGGAAGCUCUCCCGCGCGGAGCUUAAACCCGCAUUAGUGCGAUUCGGGACGCUCCUAGGACUACCGCCUGCGGGAACGACGGCGGAAGGAGACGAGUUAGUGGAUCGAUUGUUCACGACGCUAAUGGCGGACAACUUAACGGAGGAGGUCGACCGAGAGUCGUUCAUCACGAUUUCCAAAGAGUUCUUAAAAUCCGUCUCUCAGGAGCUCGAAACCAAACCCGUGGUGGUGGAGGUGUACGAUGGCGGGGUGCUGCGGGAACUGGCUGACAACCCGCAGCAGUUCAAGGAGAUCGCGUGUGACAUCUUCAAGGAGUUUGACGAGGACGGCAGCGGCACACUCUCUCGCCUCGAGCUCAAGCCCGCCUUCGUCUCCCUCGGCCUCGUGCCGCCCUCAGCCCACUUGGAAGUGGACGCGCUGCUGUCAAGAGUGAUAGGCAAGUACGGAGGCAGCGACCUGCAGGUGGACGAGGGGGAGUUUGAGCUGAUGCUGAGGGACAUGGUGAAGGAGCUCUCAGAGGAGCUUGCGUGCCGCCCCAUCAUCCUCUCCGCCGAGAAGAAACCCGUCUUCACCGGCUCCUUCGUGCGCCAGCUCACGGGCGAUCGCCAGCGCUUUGACGCCGUGGCGAGCCAGCUGUUCAUGGAGUGGGACAUCCUAAAACGAGGACGGCUCUCUCGCACCGAGAUCACCCUGGGGUUCAAGAAAUACGCGUCUUCAUUCGAGGUUCAGCUGCUGACGCCAGGGGAGGCGGAGGAGCUGUGUGCGCGGGUGUUUAGCAAGGCGGACGAGGACCAGAGUGGGUUUGUGGAGUUUGACGAGUUUGACGGCGUGCUCAAGGAGCUGCUCAAUGGCAUGGCCAAGAAACUCGACCGCAACCCUGUGGUUACCACGUCAGACUCCUUCAAAUCCAGCAGUGGUCUCUUCGGCUGGUUCUCAGGCAGCAGCACCAGCAGCAGCGCCUCUUCUAGUGCCAAGGAGCCCGAGCCAGUGGUGCCAAAGCAGCGAUCAGUGGCCGAUAUCAAAGCAGCACACAACUACAAAUCGAAGCUC